CCGGAGCCCCGGAGCCGUUUCUGCCGGGAUCUUCCGAGAGGAGGGAGAAGUUGCGAGCGGAUGCUGCCAGCGCCGGAGCCCAUCCGCGGAGAGUCGGACCCGCCCCGGCCGGAGGAGGCUCGGAGGCCGGGGACGAGGGUGUCCCCCACCUGAAGUCGAUGAGCCACCUCCCAAGGGAUGCCCCUGAGCUGAGUCCCACGACUGGCCUGAGGAGCCCAAGGCCGACCUCUCCCCAUGGAUAAAGGACUCACUUUGCCCCAGGACUGCUGGGAUUUUCUGCACAGCCUGAGGAUGAGGAGCAAAUAUGCCCUUUUCUUGGCCUUCGUGGUGGUAGUUUUUGUCUUCAUUGAAAAGGAAAAUAAAAUCAUAUCAAGGGUGUCAGACAAGCUGAAGCAGAUCCCCCAGGCUCUGGCGGAUGCCAACAGCACCGACCCAGCCCUGGUCUUGGCUGAGAACGCAUCCCUUUUGUCCCUGAGCGAGCUUGAUCCUGCCUUCUCCCAGCUACAGAGUCGCCUGCGAAACUUCAGCCGGCAGCUGGACCUGGAGCCGGAAGCUGCGGCUGAAGGGGAGGAAGACGAGGAGCGACCCCAGCCCGCUGUGGCCACGCCCCGGCGCCACGUGCUGCUCAUGGCCACCACACGCACUGGCUCCUCCUUCGUCGGCGAGUUCUUCAACCAGCAGGGCAACAUCUUCUACCUCUUUGAGCCGCUGUGGCACGUGGAGCGCACGGUGUCCUUUGAGCCCGGAGGCGCCAACGCCGCCGGCUCGGCCCUGGUAUACCGCGACGUGCUCAAGCAGCUCUUCCUGUGCGACCUGUACGUCCUGGAGCACUUCAUCAACCCCCUGCCCGAGGACCACCUGACGCAGUUCAUGUUCCGCCGGAGCUCCAGCCGCUCGCUCUGCGAGGACCCUGUGUGCACACCCUUGAUCAAGAAGGUCUUCGAGAAGUACCACUGCAAGAAUCGCCUCUGCGGCCCCCUCAACGUGACGCUGGCCGCCGAGGCCUGCCGCCGCAAGGAGCACAUGGCCCUCAAGGCCGUCCGCAUCCGGCAGUUGGAGUUUCUGCAGCCGCUGGCCGAGGACCCCCGGCUGGACCUGCGCGUCAUCCAGCUGGUGCGAGACCCCCGAGCCGUGAUGGCCUCCCGCAUGGUGGCCUUUGCCGGCAAGUAUGAGACCUGGAAGAAGUGGCUCGCCGAGGGCCAGGACCAGCUGAGACAGGAGGAGGUGCAGCGGCUCAGGGGUAACUGCGAGAGCAUCCGCCUAUCAGCGGAGCUGGGCCUGCGGCAGCCCGCCUGGCUACAGGGCCGCUACAUGCUGGUGCGCUAUGAGGACGUGGCGCGCUGGCCCCUGCAGAAGGCACGGGACAUGUACCGCUUUGCAGGCAUACCCCUGACCCCGCAGGUGGAGGACUGGAUCCAGAAGAACACCCAGGCAGCCCAGGACAGCAAUGGCAUCUACUCCACCCAGAAGAACUCCUCGGAGCAGUUCGAGAAGUGGCGCUUCAGCAUGCCCUUUAAGCUGGCCCAGGUGGUGCAGGCUGCCUGCGGCCCCGCCAUGCGUCUCUUUGGCUACAAACUGGUGCAGGAUGCCGCCUCCCUCACCAACCGCUCUGUUAGCCUGCUGGAGGAGCGUGGCCCCUUCUGGGUUACGUAGGGGGCCCCGGGGCCACUCAUACCCCUCCUCAUGGAAGUCUGCCUUGCCUUCCUCACUCCCAGGCCAGCCGUGAGACUGUGGCAUGCAGAGGGCAGGCAGGAAGCAUGCAGUGAGCAGGGCGAGCCCCUCUGCUGUAGAAGUAGGUCCCAUGCCAGCUAGCUUUCCCACCGCAGCCGGGGGCCCUGGGGUUUCUCCUUGAUAACAGGACAGUGCCCGCACCCGUGGGGGACCAUCAAACCCAGACCUCUGGGGCCGCAGUCUCCAGAGCAGGCCUAGGCAGGCCUGGACCUAUGACAAGCCUAUCACACACACAAGCACACACGUACGCAGACAGAAACAUAUAUUAAAUACAAAUAAUGCCUGUAUGCCUUGUGGGCAGGAGUACAAACACAUAGCAGGUGGGCCCUGGCCAGGCACUGUUGGGCCUUCUGCAGUGCCCAGUGUUAACCAUUUAGUUUCUGGAUUGUGGAAGUCUGAAGUCUGGGUGGGUCUUUGGGGAGGAGCCAGCACAGCCCAGGGUGUCGAGGAAGAGGGAGCAUUUGAGGAUUAUCAGGUGACAGUGGCUGUUUACCAACCAGUACAGAACAGAUGUUGAUAUUUUAAUAACUAGUGUAACUGUGCUGGAGUCCCUGGUGGUGCAAACAGUUAACAGCUCAGCUGCCAACCGAGAGGCUGAAGAUUCGAGUCCACCCAGAGGUGCCUCGAAGAAAGUCCUGGUGAUCUACUUCUGCAAAUUCAGCCCUUCAAAACCCUAUGGAGCACAGUUCUACUCUGUCACCCGUGGAGUUGCCAUGAGUCAAAAUUGACUCAGUGGCAACUGGUUUUUGUUUUAUUUUUUAUAGCUGUGCUGGUGUUCUGAUGAAUAUCAGCCCUGUAUAGAGCUAAAAACCCACACACAUAUUCAUAGAAACAAAUACAUACACGCACACCCCACUCACAGACAUGACAGCAUCAUGGAAACCCAAGUCCACACACACGUGGAUAUAUAGGCAAGCUUCUCGUUGCUUUAUGCCCACAGGAUUUCUCUGUACCACACACCUAAAGAGGAGCCUUUAAUUAUGUUUUUAGAAUUAUUUGGAGGGGCAGAGGAAGCAGACAUGGUCACAUGCCAGACCCACUUCCACCCAGUUCCCUGACCAGUUUGGACUGAACGAAUGGUUUAGAACUGCCAAGUCCACGGUCCCUGCCCAGUUUCGAUUCC